UUCUCUGUCUUUCCAUAAACCACGCUAAAUGCGGAUGGAUAAUGACCGUAUUCUCUUCUGGACAUCUGUUCAUCCUCCGUGUGCCGGGCGUGAUGACGACAGAGGUGGGAUCAGAGACAGACGUGAAGAAGGAACCGGAGAAGGUUCCUGAAGUCCAGCAGCAGACAGACCAGCCCGACAAACCCGCUGAGAGCAACGACCAACCGCAGGAGGAGAGCCAGAGCACCGAGGCCAAGAGCGAUCAGGAAGCGGCUGCGUCUCCGGAGCCCAGCAGUCCUCCUGCUGCUGCCGGCGGCCAGAAGAAAGAGAAGGGCAUCUCCCGCUUUUUGCCUCCAUGGCUUAAACGACAGAAAUCCCAGAGCCAAGACAAGCCCGGCGAGAGCACAGCGCCGCCCAAGCAGGAGAGCGUGGAGGCCGUGAAGGAGGAGCAGGAGGAGACGAGCCAGCCGAAAGAGGAGGCGGACGGAGGAGGCGCAGCGACCGCCAGCACAGAGCAGACAGAGGAGGUGAAGGAGGUGAGAGAGGAGAGCAGAGCAGAGCAGGUGCAGCCGGAGGAGAAGGAGACAGAGGAGGAGAAGUCUAUCGGCAGUGCUGACACACAGCCUGUGAGAGAGGAGAAAGAGGGCGAAUCGGAGGUGGAGAAGAAAGAGGAAGAGCAAGUGAUCCAGCAGGAGGCGAGUGUGCUGUCAACGCUCAAAGUCAACAAGAAGAUGAAGAUGGUGGUGUGUCACGUGACCCUGCUGGAUGGCAGCCAGUUCUCCUGUGAGGUGGAGAAACGGGCGAAAGGCCAGUACCUGUUUUUUCAAGUCUGCGACCACCUGAAUCUGUUGGAGAAGGAUUACUUCGGCCUGAGCUUUAAAGACAACGGCGAGCAGAGUUGCUGGCUGGACCCCACCAAGGACAUCAAGCGGCAGAUCCGCAACUCUCAGUGGCAGUUUGUGUUCAGUGUGAAGUUUUACCCUCCGGACCCUUCGCAGCUGACUGAGGACAUCACGAGGUAUCUGCUGUGCCUCCAGCUGAGGCAGGACAUCGCGUCGGGCCGGCUGCCCUGCUCCUUCGUCACACACGCUCUGCUGGGCUCCUACACCCUGCAGGCGGAGCUCGGGGACCACGACCCUGAGGAGCACCGUCUGGACUACAUCUCAGACUUCCAGUUCGCCCCAAACCAGACCAAGGAGCUGGAGGAGAAGGUGGUGGAGCUGCACAAGUCCCACAGGGGAAUGACUCCAGCCCAGGCAGACGCCCAGUUUCUGGAAAAUGCCAAGAAGCUCUCCAUGUACGGUGUAGACCUGCAUCACGCCAAGGACUCUGAGGGAGUGGAUAUCAUGCUGGGAGUGUGUGCAAACGGUUUGCUAAUCUAUAAGGAUCGUCUGCGGAUAAACCGCUUUGCUUGGCCCAAAAUCCUCAAGAUCUCCUACAAACGCAGUAACUUCUACAUCAAGAUCAGGCCAGGAGAGGCCGAGCAGUUCGAGAGCACCGUCGGCUUCAAGCUGCCCAACCACCGGGCCGCCAAAAGAGUUUGGAAAGUCUGCGUUGAGCACCACACCUUCUUCAGGUUGGUUUCUACUGAACAGCCCACCAAGACCAAGUUCAUGACUCUGGGCUCUAAGUUCCGCUACAGCGGCAGAACGCAGGCGCAGACGCGACAGGCCAGCUCCCUCAUCGACCGGCCCACGCCCUACUUCCAGCGCACCUCCAGCAAACGCAUCUCUCGCAGUCUUGAUGGAGCUCCUGUGGUGAACGUGAGUGAUUACAGUCAAGCUGCAGGCGCUGGAGAGAACGGCCCGGCUCUGGAGCUCAACUCUGACUCUAAGAGUCCACAGGUGGAGGUCAUGGAGAAGCCAAACACGGAUGCAGCCACAUCCAUCAGCACUGAAACGGCCUUUGAGACGGAUGGCGCUGGCGCUCCUGAGAGAAAGAGCAAGUUGAGAGUGCAGGGGGAAAAUAUAUAUGUCAGGCAUAGCAAUUUAAUGUUGGAGGACUUGGAUAAGACCCAGGAGGAUGUGUUGAAGCAUCAGGCUAGCAUUAGCGAGCUCAAGCGCAGUUUUAUGGAGGCUACGCCUGAGCCCAGGCCCAGUCAGUGGGACAAGCGCCUGACGGGCAGCCCUGCCACCUCCCUGCGCCUGCAGGCUCAUGGGGUUUCACAGAAAACCCCUCCCCGUCCUGAGACGGACAUCAGAGACGCCAGCAAGAGCGCAGAAGGCAAACCCGAAGUCAGCGACCAGCCAGAGGUCAUAGAGGUCAUGGAAGAGACCGUUGUCAUCGAGGAAGUCGUCAAAGCCAAACCCAAAAGCCCCGCCCCUGAGGCGCCGGUUACCGUGGAGACGGAGGUCAAGGAGGAGAGGAGUUUAUCGUCGGACAGCGAGAGCGAAGAGGAGGCGGAGUACCAUGCUCAGCCGCCCAGCACGAGCAUCUCCACCCAGCAGAUCAAAGAAGAGCCCGAGGAGGAACAGGAGGCGGUGCUUACUCAACAAGCCCCGCCCUCUGCGGUAGAGUCACAGCCAAUCACAGAAGCAGCUGAGCCCGGCCCUGCGGCGGAGGAAGAGAAAGCAGCACAGCCUCAUGAGGAAGAGCGUACAGACGAGCCACUGCUGACGCCAGACGAAGCUCCCAAUGGACACGCCCCCCAAGGCGAAGCCCCGCCCACUCCCCAAACUGCUGCCGCCGAGGAGGAGGAGCCUCACAUCGUGAACGGCAGCGCCUCUCGCAUCGAAACAGAGCACCUGCCGCAGGUUAUUUGUUGUUCGGAGCCUCCUGUUGUGAAGACUGAGAUGGUUACGAUUUCAGACACGUUUGCUGCUCAGAAGACGGAGAUAUCCACUAAGGAGGUUCCCAUCGUUCACACAGAAACCAAGACCAUCACGUACGAGGCCGCCCAGCUGGAUGGUAAUGGAGACGGGGAGCCAGGCGUGCUCAUGACAGCUCAAACCAUCACCUCCGAAUCGCUCUCCACCACCACCACCACACACAUCACGAAGACACUAAAGGGCGGGCUGUCAGAAACUCGCAUUGAGAAGCGCAUCGUCAUCACGGGAGACUCUGACAUUGAUCACGAUCAGGCAUUGGCCCAGGCUAUAAAGGAGGCCAAAGAGCAGCACCCUGACAUGUCCGUCACUCGUGUGGUGGUCCACAAAGAGACGGAGCUCGCCGAGGACGAGGACUGAAGGACAGGUAAGCGCAUGGCAAAAAGCUCCACUCUUGACGACCUGCUCCGGCCCAGCUCCUCCUCCUCCACUGGGAGCCUGUCGUUUCUCCCCUUUUGUUUGUUCUUUUACUUGUAUUCAUCUAUCCUUUUGUGUUUGUCUCUUUCUUUUCUCUGUGCUGGGUCUGCUCAGUGUGUUUCUCAUGUUAAAGCAGUGCGGAUUCACACUCAUUUGUGACUCUUGAAUUUGUGCUGAACUGGACUCUUAUU